CGCGCGGGGCCGAGUGAGCGCAGCAGCCGCCAGCGCCGCGUCGCCGGGUUGGGCGCAGUGCGGCCCGCGGCCGGGGGCGGCGGUAGUGAGGCCCGCGCCGCGCUCCAGCCCCCUUUUCCCUCCAUGGUUUCUCUUCGCUCCCGCGAGUAACUUGGCUCCGGGGGCUCCGCUCGCCUGCCCGCGCGCCGCCCGCCGCCCAGCACCGCGCCGCCGGCCUCCGCCGCCAGCAGACCCCUCCCGACGGCCCCAGCUGCGCAGGCCGGGACGCCUCUCCCCCCUCCGCCUCCGCCGCGGAAAGUUAAGUUUGAAGAGGGGGGAAGAGGGGAACAUGGACAUGAAGAAGAGGAUCCACCUGGAGCUGAGGAACCGGACCCCGGCAGCUGUUCGAGAACUUGUCCUGGACAAUUGCAAAUCAGAUGAUGGAAAAAUUGAGGGCUUAACAGCUGAAUUUGUGAACUUAGAGUUCCUCAGUUUAAUAAAUGUAAACUUGAUUUCAGUUUCAAAUCUCCCCAAACUACCAAAAUUGAAAAAGCUAGAGCUCAGUGACAAUAGAAUCUCUGGAUGUUUGGACAUGUUGGCAGAAAAACUUCCAAAUCUCACACACCUAAAUUUAAGUGGAAAUAAACUGAAAGAUAUCAGUACCUUGGAACCUUUGAAAAAAUUGGAAUGUCUGAAAAGCCUGGAUCUGUUUAACUGUGAGGUUACCAACCUGAAUGACUACCGAGAGAGUGUCUUCAAGCUCUUGCCCCAGCUGACCUACCUGGAUGGCUAUGACCGAGAGGAUCGAGAAGCUUCUGACUCAGAUGCCGAGGUGGACGGUGUGGAUGAAGAAGAGGAUGAUGAAGAAGUGGAAGAUGAGGAGGAUGAGGAGGAGGAGGAUGGUGAUGAAGAAGAAUUUGAUGAUGAAGAGGAUGAAGAUGAAGACGAAGAUGUAGAAGGAGAAGAGGAUGAAGAUGAAGUCAGUGGAGAGGAAGAAGAAUUUGGACAUGAUGGAGAAGUUGAUGAAGAUGAAGAUGAUGAGGAUGAGGAUGAAGAUGAAGAGGAGGAAGAAAGCGGGAAAGGUGAAAAGAGGAAGAGAGAAACGGAUGAUGAAGGAGAAGAUGAUUAAGAGCCCAAAUAACCUGCAAAAAAAAAAGAAAAGAACAGAACUGUUCAGUAUUGGUUGGACUGCUCAUCAUAUGGAUUUGGUAGCUGUUUAAAAAAAAAAAAAAAAAAAAAAAGGUAGCUGUGAUACAAACCCCAGGACACCCACCCACCCAAAGAGCCAAAGAAUAGUUCCUGUGACAUUCCGCCUUCCUCCAUUUAGUCCCUUUUGGAAAUUCGCCACCAAGCUUGGGGCUGCACCCCAACAAAAUUGUAAGCGUUGUUAGGUUUUCAUGUAAGACUCUUGCUGUAGCGUGGAUAGCUGUGAUUGGUGAGUCAACCAGCUGUGGCUACCAGUUACACCAAGACUGUAACAGCAUUUUUACUUUCUGUACAACAAAGAAGCUUUGUAAAUAAAAUCUUAACAUUUUG